CUCACACAACUAAACCGCUGCACGCGUGGAGUUUCACUUAGUCAGUUCAGUCGCGCUGAAGCCGCCAUCCACAAUGUACGCGAUCGGACGAUUCGUAUUGAAGAAAAGGAGCCCACGUUUCUGGCUGACCUCAUCGAUCCCUUGCGGCAGCGUUAACUUGUAUCACAGCGAAAACGGCGUUUAUGGGUAUAAACCAAGUCAACGGAGGCACUUUGAAGUGCCGAAGGAAUAUUUGGAUGAACGGGCAAGGCAGAGUAAUUUCUACAGACUCGUCGACGCCUAUAGAAUUCACGGGCACAAGCAAGCCCACAUAGAUCCCCUCUCCAUGACAAAACCGUCAUUACUGCCCGAACUGCAACCGGGUAAUUUCGGGCUGAAUUUAAAGGACAAGGUCCAUUUUCGAGGAAUCUUACUUACGCAACAGAACGAGGGGACGGUGGAAGAAGCUAUUCGGUUACUGAACGAUACCUAUAGCGGUACCAUCGGAACUGAAUUCAGUUAUCUCGAGACCGAGGAAGAGAGGGAGUGGUUCGCCAAAACCGUAGAGAGAACCCUGGCCGAGCCAUUGGACGACGAAACGCGCAAAGCGAUAGCCGCGGAAAUGCUGAAGAGCCAAGCUUUUGACAAUUUCUUGGCGAUCAAAUUCGUGAGCCUAAAGAGGUACGGGGGAGAAGGAGCCGAGAGUAUGAUGGCCUUCUUUCAUGAAUUUUUCAAGCUAUGCGCCUCCGACAGUUUGGAGCACAUUAUUUUGUGCGCGGCGCAUCGCGGGCGACUUAAUUUAUUGACCGGACUGCUCAAGUUUCCACCGGAGAAGCUAUUUCAUAAAUUACGAGGACUCUCCGAAUUCCCGAAUGCAACGAGAUGCACCGGGGACGUGAUCAGCCAUCUCAUCAGCUCCACCGACCUCAACGUAGGCGGGAAGAGUAUUCACUUCACUAUGCUGCGCAACCCAUCGCACUUGGAGAUAGUGAAUCCGGUAUCAAUGGGGAAAACGCGAGCUAUCAUGCAGACGAUCGGGGAAGGUGCAUACGGUCAGGACGACAACGUGCAAUGGAGCGAUAAAGUGAUAAAUAUCCAAGUACACGGAGACGCCGCCUACACUGGGCAAGGAGUUAAUCAAGAAUGUUUGGCCCUAAGCAGAACGCCGCACUUCGAGAUCGGCGGUACAAUUCACUUGGUGAUUAACAAUCAGUUAGGCUUCACAACUCCGCCGUCGAGAGGCCGAUCAUCAAGGUACUGCACGGAUCUGGCCAAAAGCAUAUCCGCGCCUGUGAUCCACGUAAACGCUGACAAUCCUGAGAUGGUUGUACGAGCCACGAGGAUAGCCUUUAAGUAUCAGAGACAGUUCAGAAGAGACGUUUUCGUCGAUCUAGUCUGCUUCAGAAGAUGGGGUCACAACGAGCUGGAUGAUCCCCUUAUGACUAAUCCUCUUAUGUACAAGAUUAUACAAAAUCGACCAUCUAUACCGGAUCGAUAUGCGGACGAGCUGAUAGGCGCCAAUGUGCUUACUCGAGAAAGCGUUCAAAAUACCGUCGAAAGCCACACAGGAUGGUUAAACAGGAUCCUGAAAGAAUCUACAGAGGAUGCGUCGCGACAGCCAGGGUACCUCGCUGGAAGAUGGAUAGGAAUAAAGCAAGCCGAAGCUAACGUCACGCAAUGGGACUCGGGUGUUGAGUUGAGUUUGUUGGAAUUCGUGGGAAGGAAGAGCGUUGAAGUGCCGGCGGACCUGGACAUUUAUCCGCAAGUAUUGAAGAGUCACGUUCUAAACCGCCUGAAGAAGAUCGAGAGCGGUGACUCUUUGGAUUGGUCGACUGCCGAGGCGUUGGCUAUCGGUUCCCUGUUGUAUCAAGGAUAUAACGUGAGGAUAAGCGGGCAGGACGUGGGGCGCGGGACCUUUGCGCAGAGGCACGCGAUGAUCGUUGAUCAGUCCACAGGAGCUACAUUCAUCCCAUUGAAUUCUAUGAUCAGCGGGCAAACUGGCAAGUUGGAGGUGGCUAAUAGUAUUCUAUCCGAGGAGGCUGUGCUGGGUUUCGAAUACGGUAUGAGUAUAACGUCGCCUUCCACGUUGCCCAUUUGGGAGGCUCAAUUCGGCGAUUUCUUCAACGGGGCGCAAAUCGUGAUCGACACGUACAUAACCAACGGAGAAGCUAAGUGGAUGCUGAGCAGCGGCUUGACGAUGCUCUUACCGCAUGGAUACGACGGCGCCGGUCCGGAGCACAGUUCGUGCAGACUCGAGAGAUUCUUGCAAUUAACCGACAGCAAGGAGAACGAAGCCGAUAGCGACGACGUCAAUGUGCAAAUCGCGAAUCCCAGUGAACCGGCGCAAUACUUCCACUUGUUGAGGAGGCAGAUGGUGAGAAAUUAUCGGAAACCUCUGAUCGUGAUAGCACCUAAGAUUCUACUACGUCAUCCGGCGGCGGUAUCAUCUUUGUCAGAUUUGGGGCCACGAACGAGCUUCAAAAAUGUUAUUGGAGACGACAGGGUGAAAAGUGACGACGUAAACAAAGUCAUUCUAGUCAGCGGGAAGCACUAUUACGCGCUCAAGGAUUAUAGAGACAGUAUCGAAAACAAUAACGUAGCUAUCAUUCGAAUUGAAAGCCUAUGCCCGUUCCCUAUCCAAGAAUUACUGGAAGAGAUCGAAAAGUAUAAAUAUGCAAGAAUUUUCGUCUGGAGCCAAGAAGAGCCGCGGAACAUGGGCGCGUGGGGUUUCGUCAAGCCGCGUUUCGAAAAUCUAUGCGGAAGACAAUUGAAAUACUGCGGCCGAGAAACCAUGGCGGCACCAGCUGUUGGAGAUCAACAAAAGCAUCAACGAGAAGCUAAGGAAGUUAUCGUUAAGCCGUUUUUGAUGAAAUAAAUAUCGAGAUACGUCACUUUGACAAACUGCCAUAUCAUCUUAACUAACCCAUAUCUCUACGACACUUUUAUUUCUUGUAUAGCUCGGAACAACAAGUGCGUUCAAACGUUCGUGUUCUCUUUGCACAAGAGCUCGCAAUUCAUCCUAAAAUCAAACACCAAGAAGUCCAGAUUUUAAAUACGUGGAAACGUAGAGAAUAAGUGUGUGAUAAAAAUAAAAAAUAUGCUAUUUUUAC